AUGGGAUCAGCAAUCGCGGCUUUAAUAGCCAACUCAUCGUGCCAAGUUGUGUUACUCGAUAUAGCUAGCAAUAAUCCUAAUGAUAGGAACUCGGUUGUUAAAAAAGCGAUAGAGAAUAUACCAAAACAACGCCCUCCUUCUUUAUCUCAUCCUAGUAAAUUAGCUUUUAUUAAAAUUGGCAAUUUAAAAGAUGAUUUACAGUUAAUCACAGAGUGUGACUUAAUUAUCGAAGUAAUUAUAGAACAAAUUGAUAUCAAAUAUAAGCUAUAUAAUAAGAUUAUACCAUAUUUGCAAAACGAUGCCAUUUUAGCUUCUAAUACUUCAACUUUACCUUUAAAGCAAUUAAAAGAAAAUAUACCAGAUUCUAUAAAAUCUCGGUUUGUGAUUACUCAUUUCUUUAACCCUCCAAGAUAUAUGGAAUUGCUAGAGCUAAUCACCGACCAAGCAGUAGUUCCAAUGGUAGUAGAUAAAAUAACUAACUUCUUAACCAUUAAUUUAGGUAAAACUAUUGUUAAAAGCAAUGAUACUCCAGGCUUCAUUGCCAAUAGAAUAGGAUGUUAUUUACUUGAGCUAGUAGUACGCACCGCUAUAAAAGCUAAUUUAAAUCCUGUAAUUAUAGAUAAAAUUUUUACUGAUUUAUUAAAAUUUCCGAAUACGGGGAUUUUUGGUUUAUAUGAUCUCAUUGGGCAUGAUGUAAUGAAAUUAAUUUCUACGUCAUUAGUUAAUUCUUUACCAAUGAAUGAUCAAUAUAAAAAAAUUUAUAUUCUCACCCCGAUUUUGGAUAAGAUGAUAGCAAAAAAUUUAAUAGGGAGAAAAGGGGUAGGAGGAUUUUACCGGAUAUCAGCUAUAAAUAAGGUAAAAACUAAAGAAGUGAUAAAUUUUCAAGAUUUCUCCUAUACUGCAAUAGAAGACCCUAAAGUGGAGUAUAAUUCUAUUAAUGAAUUAUUAGAUAGCGGCUCUAUUUAUGGACAGUUUUUCAAAAGUAUCUUAGUAGAAUUUUAUCUUUACUUAACGAGCUUAAUUCCAGAAGUAACUGAUAAUAUUUAUGAUAUCGAUAAAGCGAUGAGACUUGGUUACAGCUGGAAACAGGGCCCAUUUGAGCUACUCUAUAAUAUAAAGGAUGGUUUUGAAUGGCUUAAGAAAGAAGCGACUAUUAAGAACCUACCUUUACCAAAAUAUGUUGCAAAUAAUAAUUAUAAAACCAUUGACAGCAGCAAAUUCCAAGUUAGCAGAAUUAACUUACGAGAAAGCGAAGUUUUAUUAAAAAAUAAUUCAGCUCAAGUUUUGUUAUAUCAAGAUAGAUUAGUUUUUAGUAUUAGCACAAAAAUGAAUUGCCUGAACGAGGAAGUUUUUACUCUGCUGCUAGAAGCUGUAGAUCUGGCUGAACAAAGAGAGCAAGAUCUAUAUAUUGUCCCUUUAACUGACAAUUUUUCCGCUGGUGCUGAUUUAAAGCUGGUAGCUCAUUACAUUAAAACUAAUGAUUUUACUAAAUUAGACAGAUUACUAGAAUUAGGGCAACAAGCUAUGAUGAGAUUGAAAUAUUCUCACAUCAAUAUUAUUAGUUGUGCAGUUGGGUUUGCACUAGGGGGCGGGUGUGAGAUAUUACUUCAUUCUGAUUUUAUUGUAGCUCACCAAGAGUUAAAUGCUGGACUUGUUGAAGUAAGUCGUGGGUUAGUUCCGGCCUUUGGCGGUAUUAAAGAAAUGUUUUACCGUGCCCAAGGAAAUAAAGAUAGGUUAAUCAAAAACAUCAUCAAUAUUCUGACUGCUAAUAAAACCAGUUCUGCAGAUUAUUUUAUACUAGAUUAUGGGAUUUCAUCUGCUCAAAUAAAUAUGAAUAAACAAAUGAUAUUUCUGGAGGCUUCGCAGUUAACUUUUCCUAAAAAAGUAGUGAAGGUAGAUAAAAAAAUUACUUUGCCACAAAUUAGCUUAUCCGAAGAAUUAGAUAUAUCGCAAUAUAAUGAGCUACAAAUUUUACUAUUAGCACAGUUGCAAGACAUUAUUGCUUUGCAAGAAAUUGACGAACAAGAGAUAUUAGAGCGUGAACGCAAGAUCUUUUUAGAACUUGCUCAAAAUCCUAAAAAGGAUUUAGCCUUUUAG